UCUAAAUCUCUUCCUUUCUCACUACCCAACCAAUCACAAGACCUUACUAGUUACUACUCUUGAAUUUUCUGAACAAAGCAAAAGAGAAACAAAAUGGCGGCCAUGAACUCGAGUGUUCUCACAUGCAGCUACGCAAUUUCUGGUGGUAGCUCGGCAGAGCUGAAACAGAGAGUGGGUUUAGUGAAUUCAUCAGUUGGGUUUGGUCAAAAGAAACAAACGCUUCCUGUGAUCAAAGCUCAACAACGAGAUGGUGGUGAUGAUGUUAAUGGAAGAAGUGUUCCUACGAGAAGAUCAGCCAUGGUAAUCUUAGCUGCUACACUCUUCUCCUCUGCUUCUGCUAAUGCUGGCGUCAUCGAUGAGUACCUCGAGAAGAGCAAAGCCAACAAAGAACUGAAUGAUAAGAAGAGGUUGGCAACAAGUGGAGCAAACUUUGCGAGAGCGUUUACUGUCCAGUUCGGGAGCUGCAAGUUCCCUGAGAAUUUCACUGGUUGCCAAGAUCUUGCCAAGCAAAAGAAAGUACCAUUCAUCUCAGAAGAUUUGGCAUUGGAAUGCGAAGGCAAAGACAAGUACAAGUGUGGUUCCAAUGUUUUCUGGAAAUGGUGAAACAUGUUUUGUUUUGUCUUUUGUUUAAUUCAUUCUUGUAUAAACUCAACAAUGUAUCUCUCUCUUACAGUCUUUAUUCAUCAAAGUUCACAUAUCCAUUUGAAUCUAUAAA